AUGAUAAAUUAUGACUUAAAUGGGGUUAGUGUGAACAAUGGGCGACAUACAAGUGAACUGAUAAUCGGUAAAGCUGAACCGAGACACGCCGGAAAUUACACGUGUGUUCCGGCUAAUGCUAAAGCUGCAUCAGUUACCGUACAUGUAGUUCAAAGCGAGACACCGGCAGCAAUGCAACACGGAAAUUCAUCAGUAACGAAAACUCGUAUCCAUUGUUUCACCCAGACGUUAAUUGCCUUAGCGUCAUUAAUUUUGAUAUUCAAACUAAAAUAUCAAGAAUUUGGAUAA